AUCCAGAGAAUUUCAACCAGCUCUAGUACUUUCCAAGUGAUAUCUUUCCUGCUGUAAUGAAAGAGCCUGUUUAGUGGCUGAGGACUAGGAGUCCUGGUUCCUCGGUUCUUUUUCUACCACUGAGUAAACUCCAUCUGCUGGAGUUAAAAGAAGUGCAAGGAGGCUGAGGUGGAAAUGUUCUUCUACUUAUAGACAUUGGAAAACCAAACCAAAAAGGUUGACACUUUUGCAGGAGGUUUUUGUGACUUUUGUGGUUUCAUUCAGCUUCAGGAAUCAGGCAUAAAAGGCAUUUUUCAAGCUACCAGAAAUAUGUCUGAGCUACUUGCAAGACUGCCUCCCUCUUCAUGACCACAGCAUCCUACAACAGCUGUGUUCCAUGGAACAACAGAAUUGUCAAGCACAAGAAUGGAUUUGUAAGCUUGGGAUAUGGAGCCUUCUUGGCAUCAGGUCCUUGUCUAUGGAAUUCACUCAUGAAAGAGAGCAGUAUGAUCCUGAAUCUCUCUGCCUUCAGAAUGAAAUGUCCGUGUGAUGGUGGAUUUAUGUAACAGCACAAAAGGGAUAUGCUUAACAGGCCCUCCAGGCUCCCCAGGGCCUCCUGGACUCGAUGGAUUACCUGGCUACAAUGGAUCAGAUGGCAUCCCUGGCAUCCCAGGGCCAAAGGGGGAACCAGGAGUAAAUGGAAGAAGAGGAAAAAUAGGUUUACCAGGACCAAAAGGCGAUCCAGGAGAGAAAGGAGAAAAAGGAGACCCUGGUGAACUGGGCUUACCUGGCAAAGAUGGGAUGCCAGGAGGGAAAGGGUCAAGAGGAGCAAAGGGGGACAAAGGGGAUGCAAACAAUGACGUGAUAUCAGAAGGUGCAAAGGGGGAGCCAGGGCCCCCAGGACCCCCAGGACCACAAGGUCCUCCUGGGCCACCAGGGAAGCGCAAAGCAAAAUCCCAGGUUCAGGAGAAUAUGUACAGCAGCAAGUGCACAGGUGAGACAUGUGCCAUACCAAAUGAUGACACACUGGUAGGAAAAGCUGAUGAGAAAACCAAUGGAUACCAUCCAAAAAAAGCUGAAUGCAUCAUUAAAUCAAUAGGAAGUCCCACUGAGAUGGGUAAGAUACAGCAAACAUUUGGAACAUGGAUGAGGGAACCUGCAAAUGGAAAUGAUGAAAGAAUUUGGCUUACGAUGCAUUUUUCAGGAAACUUCAUAAAAGAAUAUGAGAAUGCAAACGCAUUGCUGAAUGACAGCUACAGGAUCAUUAACCUCAUGGGGAUCUUUUAUGGAUGUGGCCAUGUAAUAUAUAACAACUGUCUAUAUUAUCAAAAAGGAGGAACCAGUGUCAUUGUGAAAUUUGCGCUUGAUACAGCAUUAUUCAGAACCCUGACAAUUGAAAAUGCCUUACACGAUGGUCGCCACUACCUCUUUUCUAACGCCAAGACGUACUUCAACAUGGCAGUGGAUGAAAACGGUCUUUGGAUUAUCUAUGCCUCAAGUAUUGAUGAAAAUAUCAUUGUAGCACAUAUUGACAAAGAGACAUUUUCAGUCGUUCAACAUAUCAACACUACCUACCCCAAGUCCAAAGCUGGCAAUGCAUUUAUAGCAUGUGGAGUGCUAUAUGUUACUGAUACCAAGGAUAUGAGGGUAACUUUUGCUUUUGAUUUGUUGAGAGAGAAGCAAAUCGAUGCAAGCUUUGAGUUAAGAUCAGCACAAUCUGUUCUUGCUAUGCUUUCAUAUAGUCUAAGAGAUAGAGACUUGUAUACAUGGGAAAAUGGCUAUUUAAUGCAAUACUCUGUACAUUUUGACAGCUGAAUGCUAUUUUAAAAUGAUACAUCAUGCUGGCCGUAUUGGGCUAAGUAGGUUAUUUAAAGCUAUGUCAUGUACAUCUUCUCCCUGCAGCAUACACACACAUUUUCUAUUGAAGAUUAGUGGUUGUUUGUGUGUGCAUAAAGGGGAGACCAGACUCCUUUGUGUCAUUUAAAUAUACUUAAAUUCUGUAGGCAAUUCUUAGCUUUAUAGAGAAAGAGCUGUGUGUUAAAACUUAUUUUUGUUUUUUCCCUACUAUGCAGGCCAUAAUUAUAUCUACUGUAUACUGAUUAUUCUACAAUACUAUGUUCAAUAGGGUCUGUUUUUACUCUUAAUUUGCAAUUACUGUCUGCAAUUAUCUUCUAGUCAGCAAUUAUAGCUUAGUAUAAAUGUCUAAACAGUGUUUACAAAUAAGCUUCUUUGUAUCAUUUCCAUUUAAUUCUUUGCAUCAACUCUGAAUUCUGUUUAGUUGUGAUAUUUUUUUAAAAAUUGAUGUACAGCGAUUAAAAUGAUCAGGGAGAGUAAUUUUUGUACUAAAGUAAAUACCGUAAAGACCAAAGUAAUAGUUUAUUAAAAACUCAUUCCAUAUUUAUAAAUCAAAAUAGAAAAAACAAUAGAAAAAAGCAAGAAUCCUGAAAUUUGACAAAUCUGGCUAACUACUAAAUAACCAAAAAGCAAACAGAGGUGAUGUAAAUGAUGGCUAGUGACAUGUGAACUUAGGUACUCAGUGGGAGGAGGUGUUACAACAGGAAAUGUAGUCAGAGCAGGUGAAGCUCCUUUUAUUUAACAUUUUUUUGAUUGCUUAUCUUGAGCUAACCUCAUCUUUCUCCCAAAUUUACACAAAACUCCUAGUCACAAAUGAAGACUGUACUGUCAUGUAGUCACACUUGCGCAAAGCAGGUGUAAUAUGUUACCAGUUAGAAAGGUAGCAUUUAACAUCUACUUUUAAAUGGGUGUAUAUGACAGCAUAAGGCAGAGGCGAAUCAGGCCUUUGUGUUUAAGGCAAAUAGGCCAGAGUUUCAACAUCCAUGUGUUCAACAGCUCUGUGUGAAGGAAUUUAAUUAACUUCAGAUCCAUUGGUAUCUUUACAAGCUGAUAAAAACAAAUCAACAGUUCUCAGGAAUGGCUGUACCAGCCAGCUGCUAGUGCAUAUCUCAUUUGAAAAAAGAAAAGCACUUUGGAUAUGAUUAUCAGACCUAUACUAUGUUAAACUGAGAGUUUGGCCUGAAAAGCAUCACAGGAUGGAAACCUCCCCCAUCAAUGCAGUCACCUGCACAGGCAGGUGACCUUCACUAGCAAUUUGCCCCUGCCCAUCUCAAUGCCCACACACUAAAAAGAAGUCAGCACCAACCUUUCAAAUUAAACACCAGGCAAAGGAACAUUGUUGAAUGGGUUCUGUUCUCACUGUCAUUCAUAUUUUUUAGAGUUGUCACAAAAUAGCACUGUGCCAGCUACAAUGUAUCUUACUGUCUAUAGAAAAAGGUAGGGUCUUUAUGAACAACAGCUUUCGGUGAUGAUUUGGGGAAAUUUUCUGUGGACAACAAAUGAAUUCUGUUGAAAUUAUGAACAUCUGUUUGUAUCAGCCUGCAGAUGCCAUUUUGACUCUGGGAGAUGGCUACCUUCUCUGAUGUUUUACCUCUUGGAAAACCACCAAGGGGGGUGGGGGUAGUAGCCCAGGGCUAACAAUGUAAGGUUGUUAAAUCUUGAUAGUUCUCUAGUCAAAUAGGAGGCUCCUAAACAAAAGGCUGUCUUCUGCCAGAAGUUAGUUUAUCAGGGGAAUCACCUGGUGAGAGGGCUGUGCUCACCUGCUGUGAAUGACAGAGGAGACUGGUAGUUUAUAAAAGGACAGGCGGGCAGCCCUCUGGGUUUUUGGUCAUUUUUCACCACCUCAAGCUGUUGGAAGCUGUUUCAGGAGCUUGAGGAGGACAAGGCUCACUGAUCACAGUUGAACCCCACCAAAGACUUCCAAGGUAAGGGUGAAUUAGAGUGAAAGGCACUGCAGCUGGAGUACUUGUUUUCUCUGUGCGCUGCUGUACUUUAUCUCUUAAGAACUGAAUUGUGACUAUGUAAACAACUAACUUUUUUUAAAAGGGAGCAUAAAAAUAUAUAUAAGUGGGCAGAGUAAUGAGCAUUCUUACUCACAAAUAACACCCUCAAUUCCAUAUAAGUACAUUCUUCCCAUUUCUAAUCUAUUAUAUUAGCAUGGCUACCACAAUGCUUCCUUCUUAACUGCAUCAAUGACUGAUUUCCAAAUGGUGGGAGGAACAGAUCGCUAUAGUUUAAAGCACAUUUUAAGCUUUCUGAAUGACCUCUCUCUAUAUAUAGUGUGUGUGUGAUGUUGUUAAACUUCUGAACCCAAGUUUCUUUGCCUUUAUGGGUUUCAGCUGAAAGUUCAUCUUCACAUAACCAUAGUAAAAAUCAUUAUCCAGACAAAGCAUGGGGGAAUCUUACAUAUAACAUAAAAGUGUUCUCUUAAUGGGAAGGUUGCUCAAUGUAUUUUGCUGUAAACCUAAUCACUAAAACAGGCAGUGAAAACAAAAACAAGGUAGAUGUUCUAAGGAUGCAUUUCUGCCUGAAGCUUGCUUUUCCUUGAUGUUUGUAAGUUGAAGUCAGAUUCUUUGAUAUUGUUUGAACGUGUUCUGUGUGUAACAAGUGCCUGGGUACGUAACUAACUACUUUGAGUUAUGUUAACACUUUUCAAAAUAUGCAGUGGUUAGGUGAAGCAGGAACUGCUGCCAGUAACAAA